UCACUCUCUUUGUUUUGUGCCCCCCAUUUCUUCUCAAACCUUAGGGUUCCUCUGUUCUUCUUCUUCAUCAUCCCCCAAAACAGAGAAAAAAAAAACCAUCUUUUGCCUCAGAAAAUUUCAACCAUUCUCGCCAUUGGCGAACCUCUCCAACCCCAUCCUCGCAUUUCCGGCUACGAACCUCGGGGAAGACCCCUCUCGCAUGGCAAAAACCAGACCCGGCAGAAAAGACAUGGACUCAUACACCAUCAAAGGCACCAACAAGAUCGUAAGAGCUGGGGAUUGUGUGUUGAUGCGUCCUUCUGAUACGAGCAAGCCGCCAUACGUCGCGCGCGUCGAGAAGAUCGAGCAGGAUACUAGAAGCAAUGUGAAGGUCCGUGUGAGGUGGUACUAUAGGCCUGAAGAGUCUAUUGGAGGACGCAGGCAAUUCCACGGAGUGAAAGAGCUGUUUUUGUCUGACCAUUUUGAUGUGCAGAGUGCUCACACGAUUGAAGGGAAGUGCAUUGUGCACUCUUUCAAGAACUAUACCAAGCUUGAGAAUGUAGGUGCUGAAGAUUAUUAUUGUAGGUUUGAGUACAAGGCUGCUACUGGAGCUUUCACACCUGACCGUGUUGCUGUGUACUGCAAAUGCGAGAUGCCUUAUAACCCGGAUGACCUCAUGGUGCAGUGUGAGGGGUGCAAGGAUUGGUACCAUCCUGCUUGUGUGGGCAUGACUAUUGAGGAAGCAAAGAAAUUGGAGCAUUUUGUAUGUUCUGAAUGUUCAUCUGACGAUGACAUGAAGAAACCCCAGGCUACAUUUCAUGUAUCACCAGGAUCCGAUAUCAAGUCAUGAAUUUGCAGGUGGAGCCUAAGCGCCGGAAGCGAUGACCGUCACGCCAAACUAACUCUCUGUCCUGGGAAAUGCGACUGUUGCUGAAUUUGGCUUGCUGUGUGGUUGCUGUUGUGUGCCUGUUUUGCAGCUUCUACCGGAGGCUAUGUUUAUGUUUUGUGUAUUGACUCAGGCUAUGUAUGUAUCAGCUUUAGAAUAUUUAUGACAGACAUUGAUCUGCUUUCCUUUUCUGUCCACGAAGAUGAACUUCCACGAAGAUUAACUUCGCUCUACGUCUUAAUGUCUAGGAUAUCGAUCAUCAUCCUUGAACAAUAGUGAAAAAAGAUUGUUAGUUUUCUAAAAUUCACGUUAUUGUUUGCUAA